AUGAAGGCGCGGGAGAAGCUCACCGGCACCGACCUCAUCACCGCCUUCAUCGUCCGGCGGGUGCUGCCGCUGCAGCAGCGCAUCCAUCUCAUCGGACAGAUGACCGGCCUCCAGGACCCCAACCGCAUGCUGGCAGCGGACCAGGUCGCGCGCCGGGUCAAUGACAUCUCCAAGGCCAACUUGGGGGUUGAAUGGGAGUUCGGGAAGGCCCCGUACAGCCACGCGAACCCGGCACCGUUGGUGAGUCCCUGGUCUCCGUACUUCGCUGCUGCUUAUCUUCUUGUUCGUCCCGACGCGACGAGAGAGGUGCUUCUGUACGCCGUCCGGCAUCCUUACAACCGGGCAUGGGCGCAGGUCGUGCGGGUUGCCUCGGAGGAGCCCGAGGCCCAUGGCGGAGGGGAGGUGGCGGCCGCCGAUACGGGCACAGGGCGCCGAGCAGGGAUGCUGACGCGAGCCGCUGAUGUAGCGGCGCCGGGUGGAGGAGGCGGCGGCGCAGCCGGAGUCGGGUCGUCUCAGGGGCCAGCGACGACGAGGCGCCCGCAUGGGAAAGACAGCGUCCCGCCGCGGGCCCCAUCCGCGAAGCGCACGGCGGACCCGGCUGGAGGUGCGAAGCCGCCCGCCAAGAGGAGGCGCGGUGCUCCGCAGGAGAGGGCGGAAAGGCCCGCUGUUUUGGUGGUGCCCGGGUCACCGAUCUCGCUGGCGCUGGCGGCGGCGGACCCCGCGUCUGCUGAGGGCGCCGUGUUCCGGAGGAGCCGAUCCUGCACCGUCGAUCGGGACGAGGAGGUGGAGCGGGCGGACCCGGCCGACGCCGAAGGCCUAGCCUGGCGGGACCAGAACCGGGCCGAGGCGGAGCUGGAGGCGGCGUCGACCCAGGCCUGGGUCUGCGCCACGACGGCGAGGAGCCGCGACGCCGUCUUGGAGGAGGCGGCGCGGGCGGCGCCAGAGGGGGCGUCCCGGAUGCCGAUGAGCGAGGCGCCGCCGGUGGUGGAGCCUCAAACCGCUCCGCCCACCGAGCCGGCGUCGGUGCUGCAGAGGGCGCUGGAGAAAGCGCCGGCUUCAGGGGAGGCGGCCGGCGGAGAGCACGCCCUGGUGCUCAGGCUCGGAGGACGUCGGGUCGCCGAGCCGCGGCCGUCGCAGAGCGGGGCCAGCGAGCAACUGGACUCCUACCGGGUCACUGUCUUCAACCGGCUCCUUGAGACGCAACGGUGUCUCAAGGAGAGGCUCGCCGCCAAGGAGGAGGAGCUCCGCGUCACGGCAGCCGAGAUGCUGUCUUGGAGGACCCGGCUGAUUUGGGCCGGUUUUCACUAUGACCGGCUCGUUGCAGACGUCGGCCGGCUCGGGGCCGAGGUGGAGAAGGCGAAGGCGGAGGCGACGGGAGCCCGGCAGGCGCUCGACAAAGCCAGCCGGCUGUGGGAGCAGCUGGCGGGUGACAAGAGCCGCCUCGAGGCCGAGGUGGAGCGCCUCAAGGCGGAGGCCGCCAAGGUCGUGGAGGCGCAGCAAGCCCUUGCCGAGGCGGACCAACAACGCGGCAAGCUGGCCGACGACAAGGGGCAGCUCCAGACCGAGGUGGAGCGUGUGAAGGCGCUGGUGGCCACGACGGAGGAGACCCGGCUGGGGGAAACCCGGCUCUGCGAGGAGGCCGUGAAGGAAGCCAACGACAAGGACGCCGAGCUGAAGGCGGCCCUUGCCAAGGUCGCUGACCUAGAGAAGGCGCUGGAGGAGCAUGACCGCACCAUUGCCCGGGAGCGGCGCGGUACGUUGCUCGAAGCGCAGCACCUGGAAGAGUCAUUCUCCAGGGCCUUCCUGGAGACGCGCCAGCUGGCGGAGGAGGCGGUCCGCUUUCAGCGCGACCUGCAAGGGAUCAUCGGCUCCGAGACAGGCCUGCGGGUGGCCUAG